CGAGGAAAGGUAACCCGCUUCCGUCAAGCUCGUCAUUCCAGAUUCAACACGUGGGGUCCAAGAAAAAGAAGAAAACAGCCAAACAAAAACAUCGCUCUGCAUUUGGUACCACACCUCCAAGAUGGACUCAAUAGAUGUCGACGAAAACGAGAUCCUCCAAAGAUUCGAUGACCUCGUCGAGAGCGGUGUCGUCCUUUACGACAACCGCGAGGUCGUCCCGUUCUCUCAAGAUGGCUUCCAUUUCCUCUUCUUCGUGGCACCCAGCCUGAACAAAAAGCCAUUCACAUACGGCGCACCCAACGGCAGUGAUAGCCACGGGCAAGGAGAGGAGCAGGCAACCACAAAGGCAGGAGGGGAUGCGGGCAAGCAGCAGCAGCAGCAGCAUCCGCUCUUCGAACCCGGCAGCGACAUCAGCGCUGUGGGGUUCGAGAUCUGCGACGUGGGCGCGACCCACCGCCUCAUCGCCAACAAGUUCUGCUUCACGCGCCCGAUGCUGCUGCUCAUGACGCGGGACGGCUUCAAGCGCCAGCACGACCCGCUCGAGGCCCCGGACCUAGCGGCCGCCUGGGCGGCGCUGCGCGCCAUGCGGACCAGCCACUUUGUGUUUUACAACUGCGGCGAGCCCUCGGGCAACAGCAGGUUGCACAGGCACGUCCAGCUGACCCGCCGCCCGGAGGGGUUCACGACCUUUCUGGACCACGAGGAGGGCAGCGGCGGCGGCGGCGGGGGCCGGCCGUCGGUGCCGUUCAUGUACUUCCGCGAGCCGCUGAUGCGCAAGGUGGAGGAGGGAGAGGACGGGGCAUCGGCACCCGUCACCGGGGAGUCGCUGGCCAAGGUGUACGGCGAGCUGCUCGGCCGGGCGGAAGCCUCAUCGAGCUUUCGGUGGGACGGGCCGGGCACGAGCUGCCCGCACAACCUGGUCAUGACGGAGCACUGGAUGGCCGUGAUACCGAGGAGGCGAGCCGUGUGGGAGGGGCUGAGCACCAACGCCAUCGGUAUGUUGGGGUUGGUGGGAGUCUCCUCGCGUGAGGAGGCGGACAAAUGGGUACGGACUGGUCCUUUGGAGGCUUUGUGCCAAUUUGGAAUCCCACGUGGCGCGUAAAGCUCCGGCGCAGGAUGCCAUGUUGCGCCGCGCUUCCCGAUUGGCAUAGCAUGAAGUUACAUUAUGCUUUCGGUGCCACGUCCACGGCUGGCCAUGAGGGUUAAGCAUGCUUGGUGGCUCGGGUGCGACCAUGGGCAUGUGGUGGCGCUACGGUGGACAGCGUCGGCAGUUACGGAAUGGCGUUGUUUUUAUUACUGGACCGGUAUAAAUAUGUUAAGAGGAGAGCACAUAGAUCUGCCUAGACGAAGGAUAAACAUCAUCAGCAGCCUGAGCCACGAACGAGAGCAUACUGCAGAUAGACCCCCCACCGAAAUGAUACGAAAAGAUACACGACUG